AUCGGCAUGCGGUCUUCGAAAUCGAAAACGUCAAACAGUUACCCUCCACACCCCAAGAGGGACGUCGCCGGUAGCCGGCGAUCAUCCCCCUUUCACCGCAAAACUUCUACAAAGUUUCAGUUUUGUUUCAACGAUGAGAGGCGAGAAUACGUGAAAGAUCACACGUAUGUGAACGCACAACGAACACAAAAAUUCGAAAAAGUGCGUAGUAUUGUUGUUGAUUCAAGUUUCACGUGGGAUCUUGGAUUACUAAUAAGGGAAAAAUAACAAAAGGCGAUUUAUUUACGUGUUGGAAAUCGUUCGUUCGUGCUGUGUGGUGAUUCGUUAUAGUGAUUCGAUCAACUACAGAGAGUGCAUCAAUGGUGGAUUAUUAUAAUUACAAGAUGUCAGGCAGCGAGGAGGAGCUUGAAUCUCAUACGCAGCCAGGGAUGACCAAGGCGGAGUUGCGCAGGAGCAACAAGCCGAUCAUGGAGAAGAGGAGGCGUGCACGGAUAAAUCAAUGCCUGGACGAGCUGAAGAGCCUGAUACUCGAGGCGAUGAAAAAAGACCCGGCCAGGCAUUCGAAACUCGAGAAGGCCGAUAUCCUCGAGAUGACGGUGAAGCAUUUACAGGCGGUACAGCGUCAGCAAUUGAGCACGGCGGUCGCUACCGAUCCGGCGGUGCUAACGAAAUUCCGUUCCGGAUUUUCUGAAUGUGCUACCGAAGUAUCGCGGUACGUCAGCCACCUCGAGAACGUCGACCCUGUUGUGAAGCAACGACUGGUAUCACAUUUGAACAACUGUGUUAGUAAUCUGCAGCAAAUGGCGCCAUUCUACAGCCACUACGUGCCCUACAUGCCGGAACGGCUCUAUCCGGAGGUGAAGGUCGGUUUCCAGAGCGAUUUCCAGAAUGGCGACGAGAAUAAUAAUGGAAGUGCGAGGAUACAAAUACCAAACGGCGUUCAAUUGAUACCUAGCAGGCUGCCUACCGGAGAAUUAGCACUUUUGGUGCCACAAUCGGCUACCAUCUCGGCGAAUUUUCCUUUUUUUCCACCGGCCCCCGAGUCAAUUUCAAAAAUAAGUCGCUCUUCUGCUUUCACCUCCAUCCACAGGCCGCAAAGCCCUCUACUGAGCCCAUCAACGUCUACGUCCAGUUACGGCGAAGAAAGUCAUCAAUCUGAACAUUAUCCUCAAGCAAAUUCUCCUAAUCAUCAAGAACGUCAGUUUAAAGUUCCCGGUCAGAGUCCAGCUUCGUCUAAGAGUUUCUCUUCUUCCCCAGAGACACAGAAGCCGCAGAUUAGCUCGACCAGCGAUAGCAAAUCACCAGUGUCAACUUUCUUGGAAACCAAAUCGGAUAUUGGUUACAGAAAAGAGAUUGCUGACUCUUCCGAGUCAUUGAACAGUAAUGGAAUGCAGAAUUUGAGACAACCUCUUUCUGUGAUCACCGAUAAGACGUAUAAUUGUACCGGUUCCUUGCCACCAAGGAAAGAAGCUAUCAAGAGACACAAUUCGGAUGGUCUUCUAGCAAUCUCAGAUAAGAAAGCUAGGUAUCAAGAAGCUAUCAGUUCUACCAUGAAUUCUUCUAAUGGUCAUCUAAAAUCCGAGGGAGAUCAGCCGAUUUCCGUAGAGGAUUUGUCCAGCAGACCGACUUGUUCCGCUAAUAGAAAUUCUAAUCCUAAUCCUAUCAAAUUUGCAGCUAUCGCUGGUUCUUCUGGCACCAAUGGCGAUAUGUGGAGGCCUUGGUGAUUUAAACAUUUCUUCUAUUGUAUCUUUUCUUUCUCUUUUUUUUUCUUCUUUUUUUAAGUUAACGCGAAUGCAUGGAAGAAUAAGAAACAUUGUUCAGUACAAAUAAGUAUUACAAAUGUAAGUUGUAUCUUAGUUUUACAAAAAUGGACGAUUUCUAACGAUCAUUGAUCAUUCUUCUAAUAGAAAAUUGUGCCUUGUGAAAAGAUAUUGUUCAUUUUUAAAAGAUAAUUAAAAUUAAUCUUUUGUCAUUAUCAUGCAUGUAUUACAAUUAAGAAUCAUAAAUUGUAUUAACGUAAGUCUUUCGUCAGAUGUAGUAAUUUAAUAUAGUGUUAAAAUUAGUGUUAUAAUAACUUAAUAUAGUAUUUAACGGAAGAGAACGAUAAGAUUGAAUUCAAUGUAAAGUCGUAAAGACUCGAGAAUAGGAAACAAACAACUCUGUAUCCUCGCAUACGAAGACUUUCAAGCUUUAACUUGUACCGUUAUACAAUAAGUUUUCAUUGUGAAUAAUCCUGUAAAUAAUCCUCGAUCUUAUUUAAUUAUUAUAAUUUUCAUCCUUAAAUCUAAGAAUCUUUUGUAAGAGUGAUGUUUUCCGUUAAAAAUCCCAACCGUCGUUUAUGAAUUAAGUUAAUUGUCGCCAGUUUGUGAUAAAUUUCAUGUUCACCA